AUGAGCUUACCAAACGUAUUCUUCAUCACGGGAACAGCAACUGGCUUCGGUCGAGAGCUUGUCCUCCAACUCAAUGCGCUGAAACAGAAGGUUAUAGCAACGGAUCGAACGAUUGAUGGAAUAAAAGACUAUGAGCAACUCGAGCAUGUCUCAAUAAUGAAACUCGAUUUGAACAGCGACGAAGAAGAAAUAGCUGGUAUAGUGCGCGAUGCUAUCAAGAUACACGGCCACGUUACGCAUCUCAUCAACAACGGAGCAUACUCGGUGAAUGGAUGUAUGGAAGAAGUUUCGCUCACAGACGCCAAAAAUGAGUUUAAUGUGAACUAUUGGGGCACAAUUAAGGUGACGAACGCAUUCCUGCCGCACUUUCGCGGUCGCACUAGCGGAGAAAAGUUCAUUACGACCUUUUCCUCUAUUGCCGGUAUUCAAUCGUGGCCAUACUACGGAUACUACUGCGCCUCCAAGCAUGCUAUCGAGGCGUCAUUUGAAGCACUCAAGCUUGAAACCAAGCAUCUCGGUAUCAAAGUAUUGCUCAUUGAACCGGGAUACUUUCGAACAAAGUUCCUUCAAGAAGGAGUCCACGCAAGACCACCUAAAAACCCAGUCUCAGAUUACGCUCCGAUCUGCGAGUUCAUGACCAAGAGCGUGACAGACAUGGGUGCAUCUAAACUCGGGGACCCUAAAGUUGGAUGCGAAAGGAUAAUUGAGCUCUUAACGAACACUGGCCUUGCCAAGCAGAUCAGCAACGGCGAAAUACCUACCAGAGUCGCAUUGGGCUCUGACAGCUGCGAAAACAUAACGAAGAAGGGUCAAGAACUCAUCGAUAACGCAAACAGGUGGAAGGAGUUUUCACUUUCGACCGACUUCAAAAACUAA